CAGAGCGUGCCAGAGCGCACAAACACACAGGAGCCAUGGAGAAAAGAGCACCGCUCAGGAGGACUCUGCGACUUUUAACAUCACUUCUCACCUUUUACGGAGUUACCUGUGCGAGCAGCAACCAGGUGGUUGUUCCUGAGAAAGUGAAUGCAGUGUUGGGGAAAAACAUCACACUGAGCUGCAGAAUAGAGGUGGGCUCCAACCUCACACAGAGCUCCUGGGAACGUCGUCUCCCCACAGGCACCAUUACCCUGGCAGUGUUCAACCCUGAGUUUGGAAUCUCCAUCUCUCCAGACUACAUCAAGCGCGUCUCAUUUGUUUCCCCCUCUGUACGAGAUGCCACCAUUACCAUCGAAGGAGCUAACUUUGCAGAUGUCGGGGCCUACACCUGCAAAGUAGUGACAUUUCCUCUGGGCAACACACAAGCAUCAACAUACGUUAAUGUAUUAGUGGAGCCAAAGGUCUAUGUGUCCGCCGGCCCCACAGCUCUACUGGAUGGUGGGAACGAGUCACUGGUGGCCACCUGCAUAGCAGAGCGUGGCCGUCCAGCUGCCGAGGUAUUCUGGGAGACGGAGCUGUAUGGAAGAAGUGAGAGGCUCAGUCAGGAUGAGCCUAACGGCACCACCACCGUACAUGUGCGCUACAUGUGGCAGCCGCAGAGCUACGCCCAGGGGAAAAUGCUUACCUGUGUGGUGCGGCACUCGGCCCUGCAAACAGAGUUCCGCAUACCCUACAUACUCAACGUUCAGUUUGCACCAAUGGUAUCAAUAACAGGAAUUGACAAAAAUUGGUAUGUUGGUCAAGAGAAUGUGAAGUUCACCUGUGGAGCAAAAGCCAACCCACCUGCCCGUCACUUCACAUGGACCAGGUUGGAUGGAUUGAUGCCCGAGGGUGUUGAGAAAUCAAACAAUAGCUUUGCUUUCACUCGCCCGUUGAAUCGCAAUGACUCUGGAGUGUACCGCUGUGAAGUGACAAACGACAUCGGUCUCCGUAGUCAAGAUGUAAACCUCUGGGUACAAGAUCCUCCCCCCACCACGGCCUCCCCCAGCACCACCGCAUCCCUCCUCCACGACACCUCCGGAACCGGCACUGCUGUGGACCAGCGGAGGGCCCUGUUCACCUCCCCGACCCUGGCAUCCUUACCUGACAGCAGCCUGGGUACUAUAGUCGGCGGAGCUGUGGGUGGAGUUUUAUUCCUGAUUCUCUUGCUGAUCCUUGGCGGCGCCUGCUUCAUGCGACAGCGCAGGACCUUCAGAGGAGACUACUACACCAAACAGUACCUGGGACCCUCUGACAUGCAGAAGGAGUCUCAGCUGGAUGUGCUGCAGCCGCAUGAGCUGCAGGAGGUCUACGGGGACAAGACGAGCAAAGGCAGCCAGGAGCUGAAACCCAAACUGGGUGGAGACAUCAUUUACCCCGACUACACCCCUGACCACAAGGAUAGGGAUGACUGGGCUGACAGGGGGGAUGGCCACAGGGGCCUCAAGGAGGGAAACUACUACCCAGAUCACUACAACACCCAAAACAUGCACCCCUGCGGGCCUCCUGUGCACAGCACCAUAGUGAACAACGGCUCCCCCUACCUCCCGGAGGACUGCUAUGACAAUGGCACAGACAGCGACUAUGUGUCCCACAUGGACGGAUCUGUGAUCUCACGCAGGGAGUGGUAUGUUUGAGGAGCGACAGAAAAAAACAGACAAACUAAACGACUGACUGAGAAUGACUUAACAAGUGGCAGAUAAAAUAUCAUUAAAGGUGUCAUUUCAGCUAAAAGGAUGAAUACAGUUUCUCAGCUCAGUUUCACAAUGAGCUCUUUGAACAAUACUGCUCUGCCUUGAUUGUAACCACUUAACCUUAAGGACGUGUAUGUGGAUCGUAUUACACUUGUAGCAUUUCAAGGAGCUACAAAUCAGCUGGAACGCCUCGGUGAUAUUAUCAGUGCAGGCUGAAGAGGCUGUGGCAUACAGUGAAGUUGACUGAUGUGAACGAGGUUUUGUAUUCUGCUUGUUUGUGUUUGCACCUGUCUUUAACACAGGUCACAGGUCAGGUGUUCAGACCCUUGUUAGUGAAGUAUUUAUAUCCCUGACUGACUGAGCUCUGCUCCCAUAAAACUUCACAACUUCUGUGGCAUUUUCAAAUCGGUCUCUUGAUUGCUUACAGCGUUUUCAUACUGUUGAAAUGUUUAUCAUGGCUGCAACCAGUAUUUACAGUAAAUUAUAUUGCAUGAUUUCUUUACAAACAAAGUGUAUCAUCAAGUUAAAGGGAAGGUUUGUCAGUAACUUAAUUAAAAGGGAGAAUUACACAGGCAUUGUUCUGAGGGAAAAGCAAACUGACUGACACUGGUACAUUACAAAGAAAACCCCCCUAAACCACUAGUUAGUUAUUCAGUGGCUUUUUCAAACUUGCAGUAUCUUCAGUAAAUUAUUCAUGGAAUGAUAAGCUGUCACCUGACAGAGAGAGAGAUAGAUGCCACUCCCUGUGGAAGUACUUUUACUUUUCGUGUCAGUUGAGCUUAUUUAUUUUACAGAUAUCUCUGUUCCUAAAGUUGCAGUCCUUAAGAUUUCAGUUCUGUAGUACCGUAUAAACAGUGUGGUUUAAAGAGGACAUAUUAUGCUCAUUUUCAGGUUCAUACUUGUAUUAUGGGUCUCUACUAGAACAUGUUUACGUGCUUUAAUGUAAAAAAAAAAAACACAUUAUUUUUCUCAUGAUGUCUGUCUGAAUAUACCUGUAUUUCCCCCCUGUCUGAAACACUAAGUUUUAGUGCCUCUCUCUUUAAGUCCCCCUCCUGAAAAUAGUCUGCUCUGAUUUGCUUGCAACAAAAAAUAUACCACACCUUUCCAAAGGUAGUUUUUCAAGCUGUGGGUGGAGAUACUCAGAAAACUGUCUAGUCGUCUUAUUUUGCAGUUUGUGGGUUAGUAGACGCUCCAGAUACCCAAAUGUACAGCCCCAGUUCCUAAAAAAUCCAAAUAUGGCCUUAAACUUAAAUUUAAAAACGUGAUUAUUUGAUAAUCAUUUGUGACAUACUCUAUAUUCAAUUGAAAACUGUACAAAGACAAUGUUUUUUUGUGUUCAAACUAUAAUACUUGGAGUACUACUUGGAAUAUACACUGUAGCCUGAAAACCAGCCCAGCUUAUGUUUUAUUUGCUCUAGCGUCAGGUCUCUCUCCCAUUAAGACAAAUUUCUACCUGAUGUAGCCCCCACUGAGCCAUGAAAAUCAUUUACUUCUUAUAAGGCUAGUGUGAUGUCCAGUGUAAUUCACUAAACUGGGAACAAAUAUAAAUCAAGAUUCUGUUAUAGGUUACAUUUUUGUCUUCGCCUAGUAACAACAUUAAUAACAACCCUUGGAAAUAAAAAAAUAAGAGAUUCCAGACUAAUAUGCAUUUGCUGAUUAGUCUGAUUGUGCGACACUAUAAAGGCAAAUGUACACACUGGAUUCUUGAUUUGAUGCAUUCUGUUUUUAUUCACGUUUUACAUAACUUCCCAAUUUUUUUGGAAUUGGCGAAUAUGCACAAACACUGUAGUAGUGCUUUUUUCAUGAUAUCCUCUUCAGUACAGCAGCAAGCACUCCUUAAGCUGUUCCUUGAUAAGCGACACAACUAGCGAAUCUUGUAAGAAUUAAAAAUGGUCCCUUGACAAAAAAAAAGAAAGAAGAAAAGGCACCUUUUUAAUGAACAAUCUGGGUCAGUGAUACCUUCCAGUUCCUUUGUAUGCUUCAUAAUAAAAGCCAACUUGUGUCUUUACCAGUUUAGUAGUUUUAAUGUGAAACAGUGGCAGUAGGAAUCUGCAGCAGCUCAGUUCAGCUCUGACUCUGUGUGAAAGAAUGCAAAGGGUAAACAGUGAGGCUAAUAUCAAUAAGAUAAAAUUGUGCAGGGUGUAUUGUUUCCAUGAAUGUGUUCAGUAAGGCAAACUAGUGUAGGACUCUGCCACUAUCUAUUAAAAUUAUAAAGAGAUACUUGCUGCAAAAAUACAAAUCUGCCAACAAUAAAUAGAUUAAAAAAUGGGGUCUGAUAUCAUGAAAAAUUAUAACUAUUAUCAUUAUUGAAAUGUGUUAAUUCAGUGACUUUCUUGCAGUGAAAAAGCACAACCUCCAUUAUUACAGUUGUCAGUGAACAUCAAAGGAAGCCUACCAGGCUUUGGCCCUCUCCACUUAGCCAUGAUAACAGGCUGCAUCGCUGUCUUUCCCAUUUUCCCUCCUCUGUAUCCUCUGAUUUCUGUCUGCACACAAACACCAAUUGGUCAUUAUAGUUUUUAUUUUAAACGUGGGAUCAAAGCAAUGAGUUAUAAAUACCAGAUGUGACUAUCACAGCUGUCAUCAUCAUGAGUUUAUGUGGCUCCAUAAACCACCAACAGUUUCACUGCUCCCGCUCGACACUCCACCGUCGUGAUUCAUGACGGUAAAUAAGCAAAACACUUGUUGAAAGGAAAAAAAGUCAGAGAGAACAAGGGUAAAAGUAACACUAAUAAACUGAUCCUUCAGCUUUAGUUUGUGUGUGUUUGAAGUAUGAUUGCGCGAAUACCUCACAGCACAGUUGGAAACUGUGAGCGGCUGACAUCACUACUGAUCACAGAACAGGCUAUAAUGUUGGGGUUUGGCUCCUCAGCAGCUCCUCUGAGGAUAUACAGCGAUCAUGGAAACUAGAAAUUUAAUCCACGAGUGAAAAAAUUGGUUUAAGAACCAUGUAGGUUAGAGCUGUCUGUGUAAUGGCUCCCAUAGGGAUUUUUCUUUCCCUACAAACAACAAACCCAGUGACAUUCAGUUACAACAAAGGAGUUGACAUCAUGAAUGAUCUCAUCUCUCACUGCUUGAUUUGACCUUACACUUUUCCACUUAGUGCUUCUUCUUUUUUUGUUUUCCUCAGGAAUGGAUCAAAGUGGCCUCACAUGAAAGUGAAAACAUAACCUUUUUUUCGUUUUAAAUCCCCAUUUAGUCAAUCAGGCUGUUUGUUUCUAGAAGAAGGAAUCAUAAUGUGUAUUACAGUCCGGUCAGGACUGGGGGUUGGGUAUAUUAUGAGGUCUUUCUUAUUGGGGUUUUAUAGAUUGUGGGUGCACUCCUUUUUUUUCCUAACCUUUCUCCACCCUCGUGUUCCCAUGCCAGGGCUUUGGUUUAAAGGUUUAGAUGUCUGAGAAUAAACUACUUUAAUCUCGCUCUCACUCUCAUCGUCGCGCACACACACCCAGCCGCCACACAUCUGCCACUGCAGCCCACAUACGAAGAGCAGUCCUCGCCUCAAACCUUCAGCUUUUUAAUUAACUUUUUCUUUUUUUCUCAUUGCACUUGGCAACUAAAGUGCUUAAACUCUGUGAUAUAUAGCACAUCCAUGUCUGCAUGCACGCUUUUUUUCAUAUACAUGGCUGAUUCUUAGCUGUCAACUGGUUUCUUAUUUGUUAAAGACGCUUCAUGCAAACUGCUGUCUCUGCUCUAAAACAGACGUUUUUUGUUUUUUUUCUUUCAGUCUCUGUUUAAUCUGUAAAGACUGACAAAAUGAGCUGAAGUGAUGAAUGUUUUUGUAAAGUUUUUUAUCCUUUUGGAUCACUCAACAACUGGUUGCAUGUAAAGUAAGUUAUUCGCUACUACGCUCAUUAUUUCUCAUCACUAAUGUUUAUAUACAUGUACAUAAUGCUAAUAGGCUAGCGUAGGAUUAGCUGUUCUCUCAGUUUGAUUUAUAUGCUCAUGUACAGUUUGUUCUGGACUCCCCUACUGAAUAGUUGGUGCCUUAGACGGGCUGAGCAAUGCACAGGAACUUUGAAAAAUAACAAGCAUUAAUAUAAAGGAUAUUAAUAUCAUUGAAGAGGAGGACAGAUUGGUCCAUUAAUAUGUCUUCCAUCUUGAUAUUUAAGAUUUGCUGUUUUCAAAACAUCAGAAAAGACAAAAGGUUGGUUGUCAUGCCUUAUACACUUUGAAAGGACACAUGUAACAAGUUAGUUACUGAGAAAUUGUAAUAAGUAAAGUUUCACUUGGAAUUUAGGCAAGCCAGAUUCGUAGAAAAUAUUAUUGUCCUGUAAAUAUGCUGGCUGUUUUUUUUA